UGAGACGCUAUCUUGCUAGUGAAUUGGGUGUACUACAAGAAGCAAUCAGAGUAGGAACAGGACGUGAUGGUGAUGUCAGAGCUGGAAAUGGACUGUCAGUUGAGGAUGAUUUGGUCAAUGUCGAUGAUCUGUUUGCUAAUGGACAUUUAGAAAA